UUUGUAACAAAAUAUGUGUGCACAAUGAUGGCAUUAGGAUAACGUACUUACCAAAAUACGUGCAUAUGCAUCUUCUGACUGAUUUGAAUGUUUUACCAAUGUUCAUAGCAAUAGAUCAUUAUUGACUGAGUGUGAAAAUGCUCUGCAUGACAGCUAAGAAGAUGCGGUGGUGUACAGUGUCAGAUCCUGAGCAGAGGAAGUGUGCAGAGCUAGCCAAAGCUCUGGUGGCUGUGCUGCCUCCAGCUGCUGUGGCAGCUUUUGCCAGACUGUCGUGUGUACGCGGCUACAGCACCACCGAUUGCAUCGAUAAGAUCAGGGGGAACCGUGCUGAUGUAAUGACAUUAGACGCAGGUGAAGUUUACUCUGCUGUGAAGCAGUUCGGUCUCUUCACAGUCGCCAAGGAGAUCUACAGUGAUGGAGGCUGUGUUCUGUCUGUCGCUGUGGUGAGGAAUAGCAGCUUGGACAUACGAUCUCUGCGGGGCCUGAGGAGCUGUCACAGCGGGGUGCGAUGGACGGCUGGCUGGAGUCUCCCACUGGGCUUCCUGCUGUCCCGCAACUACCUGACCUGGACAAAGGAGCAGCCACUCAGCCAGGACGUCAGUACCUUUUUCAGUGCCAGCUGUGUUCCUGGGGCUGCUGCCAUGGCACCACCUCUGUGCGCCUUGUGCCGAGGCCAGAGGUCCUACAUUCGCCAACGAAACUUCCACUGUGAAACGUCCCAUAGCGAGCCAUUUUACAACAGCCAAGGGGCACUCAGAUGUCUGAGUACCGGGGCAGGGGAUGUUGCCUUUGUGGACCACUUAGCCCUUGAAAGUAUUGAUGAGAGUGAGAGGGACAAUUUCAGAUUAUUGUGCACAGAUGGCACACAUGCUAACCUCAGCCAGUACAGAAACUGUAAUCUGGGACGUGGCCCAGGAGGAGGCAUGGUCACCAGACUCAACUAUCGCAAGAUUGCUCGCAAAUUUCUGAUGACUAUCCAGAUGUUGUUUGGCCAACGAGGGAGAGAGAGGCAGCGCUUCCAACUCUUUAACUCGUCCUCUUAUGGGGAAAAUGACCUACUCUUCAAAGACGCAACAGAAAAACUGGCUAUUCUGCUGGACGACAAGGAUGUCAGUCAGGCGCUGGGCCUGGAUUAUGUGGCACUCCUCAAAGGUCUUGGACACGAAGGCAGCUCGUUGGAGGACAGUGUUGUGCGUUGGUGCUGUAUUAGCAAUGCAGAACAGAAGAAAUGUGAACAAUGGGCCCUCAGUAUUAAGUCAGACCCACUGGUGUGUGUAAGAGCAAGCUCAAUGAGUGACUGUGUGGAGAAGAUUAAGAGAGAUGAGGUGGAUGCUGUCUCGUUGGAUGCUACCCAUUCAUUCAUCGCAGGGAAAUGUGGUCUUGUCCCAGUAGUGACAGAAUAUUAUGGAAAACAAUGUGCACCUGCCGAAGGAGCAACCCAUCUCGAGACCGAUGAGUUGCCCUCAGUGGUGGGUGUGGCGGUAGUGAAGCGCUCCAGCAGAAACAUCUUCAUCGGGAACCUUGGCGGCCGUCGCUCCUGCCACGGCCGCAUGUACAGCCCCGCAGGCUGGCUGCUGCCCUACAGGCACAGUCUGAGCCUGGAGCAUAACAGCAGCGCCCCCUGUGAUCCAAACCAAGUCUACACCAGUGUAUUCUGGAAGGGCUGUCUUCCCGGCUCCCAGGGGAAUCUCUGUAAAGUGUGUAUGGGAGGCACUGGGGAGGCUGCCACCAAACGCUGCGCUGAUAAUCACAACGAGCGCUACUAUGGCAACAUGGGGGCUUUAAGGUGUCUGGUCGGAGACGCCAGUGGCAAAAGCUACGGAGAUGUGGCCUUCCUGGAGCACCACAAUGUAGAGGCCAACAUUCUCAGUUUGAACUCCACAGGUUGGGCAGAGGGUUGGACCUCCUCAGACUUUGAGUUGCUGUGUGGCGACGGUCGCCGUGCUCCACUGUCAGAGUGGGAGAACUGUAAUCUGGGCGUCAUCCCACCCAACAUCGUCAUGACCCGGCCCGUGCUCACAGCCCGGGUGUAUGACUUCCUCAUGAAGUCACAGGAAACUUUGGUAGCCAACCCAGAAUCAGAGUUCAAGCUCUUUCAGUCCAGUCAGUAUGGAGAGAGUGAUCUGCUGUUCAGAGAUGGAACACAGUGUCUCGUGCGCACCAGCCACAUGGACUACCGCACUAUCCUGGGGGAGGAGUUUUACAGACAUGCAGAGACUGUCUUCAACUGCACACAAUCUGAUAUCUUGGAGUUUUGCAAUCAAGAUGUGUGCAGCAUAUUCUAGUGGACAGAAAGAAGCAAACCAACAUGUAUACUAGCAAUAUAUACUAAAAUAUGAAUUUUCCUGCCCUAUGUGGUGGCUGAAACUUUCAUCCACACAUUGUUUUUUACUCUCAACUUGACUACUGCAAGCAAUUCCUGAAGAGCAGCAUCUUGUUCACAUCUCGGUCAGAAAUCUGCAGCCUGACAGCUUAUUCACAACAGGACUUUGGAAGCUGAAAACUCCAGUGGCUACUUGUCUUUCAAACACACGUCAUUUGCUUUGGCAUUCGUUUCAGUUCUUAAACCAGAAUCCCACUGAAAUUGCUUCAACAAAAGGGGAAAGUAAUGUUACUGAUUACAUACACAAAUCCUGAAAUGACACCCAGUGUCUUUGAAUGUGUCAGCUGUUA